AUGUCGACGAAGGGCAAAAGGUUUCUAUCAGUGCCUGUGUUGGCUGUGUUUUCGUUAAUUUCUUUUUUGUAUUACAGUUCAAUUUUCGUCUUCCUCCAUGACUGGCUCGGUUUGCAGAGUUCCCCUGGCACUUUGAAUGCCUUCCUCUUCUCUCUCUUUGCCUCUCUCUCCCUCUUCUCUUUCUUUUCCUGCGUUCUCAUUGACCCCGGCCACGUCCCUUCUUCCUAUGUCCCAGAUGUUGAAUUCUCCAAAGAUAAUGCAGAACAGAAGAAAUGUGACAAGUGCUUUGGGUACAAACCUCCGAGGACUCAUCAUUGUCGAGUCUGCAGAAGGUGUAUUCUGAAAAUGGAUCAUCACUGCUUGUGGAUAAAUAACUGUGUUGGUUACUGGAAUUAUAAGGCUUUCUUUGUUUUUGUAUUAUAUGCCACCGUAUCAAGUAUUUAUUCUACGGUCAUAUUUAUAAGCUGUGUAUUUCAGAAAAACUGGGAUUCUGUUGAAGGGAAUUCUCUUAAGAUCUUUUAUGUCUUGUAUGGAACGAUAGUGGUGGGCCUGUCCAUAACCCUUUUGACUCUUUUUGGAUGGCAUGUCUACCUUAUCCUUCACAACAUGACAACCAUAGAGUAUCAUGAAGGAAAUCGUGCAAAAUGGCUGGCUAUGAAGUCUGGGCAGAGCUACCGGCAUCCAUUCAACAUUGGUGCAUACAAAAAUAUUACUUUGAUUUUAGGUCCAAACAUGCUGAAGUGGUUUUGUCCCACGGCAGUAAGCCAUCUAAAGGAAGGGGUUAACUUCCCGACAAUACGCGAUAAUUCCUGA